AUGGCUCCUGGAACACCCCCUCCUGAGAUUUCUGCUGCGGCGCGUCAGCCUUAUUCAGAGGCUGCUGAGAACAUUCCGCUGGACAAUAUGGUCGUCAAAGAAGUCAAGGUCCGCUCAGUUGAGCUAACUGACGCUGUCGCCAAAGACAAACCGAACUACCGUUCCCGAUCGCAAGUCACCCUCUGCGUGAUCAUCCUAUUCGUCACACUGAAUGGCUGCAUGAACGGAUACGACGGCUCUGUUAUGAGCUCCAUCAAUGCUAUGGACCAGUUUCACGAAUACUACGACGUUGGCAGAACUGGACCUACGAUUGGUUUCGUCAUGGCUAUCUACACUGCUGGUCAAAUUUGCGGAAGCAUCUUCUCGGCCGGAGUUAUUGACACUUUCGGUCGAAAAUACGGGAUGGCGGUUGGCUCAGCAUUCAUCAUCAUCGGCUCUGUCGUUCAAGCAACGAGCCAAACUCUUUCCGCGUUCAUAGGCGGUAGGUUCAUCGUCGGCUUCGGCGUCCCCAUGUGCACGAUUGCUGCACCAACAUACAUCGUCGAGAUGGCGUACCCCACGUGGCGAGGUCUGGCCGGCGGUCUCUACAACGUCUUGGGCUGGUACAUUGGCUCUUUGAAGAGCCCGCGUUGGCUCUUCGCUAAGCAAAAGGAUGAUGUCGCUAAGUCUGUCCUUACUAAGUACCACGGGAAUGGCAGCCCAGACUCUGCUGUCGUUAGGCUUGAAUGCGAGAAAAUCAAGUUCUCCUUGGAGGCCGAGGCAGAGCUGACUCGUGGGAGAUGGUGGGAUUACAAGAUUCUCGUCAAGAACCGCGCCAACCGGUAUCGCAUGUGGAUUCUUGUUCUGAUCACCGUCUUCAGUCAGUUCACUGGCGGUGCUGUCAUAAGCUAUUUUCUUCCAUCCAUUCUGGAAACCGUCGGCAUCACAUCAUCCUCCCAGCAGCUCCUGAUGAAUGCUUUAAACACGGUGUUCUCGUUCUGCGGCGGGAUAGUUGGCGCAUUCUUUGUUGAUAAAGCCGGUCGCCGACCCUUACUGCUCUGGGGCGUCUUUCUCUCCGGUUUGGUGUACAUCCCUAUCAACGUUCUCGCGGCUCUUUCCGGUGGUCACAUAGACACGGCAUCAGGAUACGCAUUCAUCGCCAUGAUAUUUCUGUAUGGAAUUGUCAUGUCGUUCACAUGGACACCACUUCAGGCUCUUUAUCCAGCAGAAAUUCUUAGCACCGACAUACGGGCUAAAGGAAUCGCAGCAGAUAAAUUUGUGUCAGGUAUCGCAAGUUUCAUCAACCUCUACGCGACGCCGAUUGCUCUCAAGGACAUUGGAUGGAAGACAUACACCAUUUUUCUGGUUCUUCAUUUCGUCCAUCUGGUACUGAUGUACUUCGUUACCGUUGAAACCAAAGGAAGAUCUUUGGAAGAGCUUGAGGAGAUAUUCAACGAUCCGAAACCCGUCCAGAGGAGCAAGCAGCUGAGCAGAGUUGUUGUCGGAGCUGGCGUUGGUGUCAAGGUUGCGGAUGCUUAA